UAGGAUGGCUGUGGAAGGAUCUCAAGAGCCACGUGGACUUCAAGAUACAGUGAUUUUCAUCUAGCUUUGUGAGAAGACAAGUGGGAGUCGGUCAUAAUGGGCUUCUAGCAUAAGAGGUAAGUACAUACUGUAUGUCCGUAGGCGACGCCAGAGUAUACUCACGAUUUGUGGAACCGCUCAUACACCGCCUCGCACAUACCCUGUGAUGUGAAGUUAGAAGAUCUAGAACGUGGUGAUCUUCUCUCACCUAACCUUUCUUAUUUGCUAUCUCACCUUUACGGUCAAAAGCGCUGGUCACCGUUUAUGUUCAUGUCAAAAUCAAUCCACUGGCUGCAUCUUUAAACACUACCAUUAUCGUCGCUGCAAGACGCUUACUACAGCUAUACCUACGACUACUCUCCAUAUAUCUCGAGACUACAACCUGAAGUCGGAAUGGCGGAACACCCCAGGCGUAUCUCCGAGAUUACUCCACGCAACUCAGAUAUAUCACCGCUUCUACAUCUCCCUGGAGAAAUCAGGAAUGAGAUCUAUCAAUACGUUCUUAACGAAGGCGUCUACGACUUCAUGGAUGGUAUUGUUUCGCCCACUUACGAAUGUGACGAGCGAUUUGCUCUCCUCCGAGUCUGCCGCGAGAUUUACAACGAAACAAGGCUACUUCCAUUCUCUCUUAACACAUUCCACUUCGGCAGUUUCAAAGUCUUCCACAAGUUCAUCAUUAAAUUUACUACGACAAAGCAACGUCAAGCCAUUCGUGCACUAGACCUAGAAAUCUGGACUCAAUGCUGCAUCGACCACAUUGAAGACUUUGAAAUCCGUCAGAUGUACUCGUUAUCCGACGUACUUCCGGGACUGCAAUCUGUCGAUGUACUUAGAUACAGUGUGAACUGUUACCCUAAGGCCACGCGUGGUGAACGACAGAAAAUUGACCAGUGGCUGCGAUGCGGUCUGGACGAGCGCGUGGACAUGAAUAUCUCAUAGGAAGAUAGAUGAUCGGGCCUUGUGUGGGAGGUUCAUGACUGGUUGUGAGCAAAGUCGGACCAACGAGGAGUUAAAUGGAUGUGCUUGUUCAUGGUUGCGCCAUCGUGGGUUCUGCUACUCAACGGGGAGAAAAGACGGUCUAUGUACAGUAGGUAUCUAUUUCUCAUUAUCUGUGUUCCAGCCGAGACUUUUCACAUAUCAAGAGUCAUCUCUGCAUCAUAAUGCAAAAGUUUUGUAUAGACAUCGCC